AUGCCAUCACCGGUAGAUCACCUUUCUCCUUUGUCUGAGGAGAAAGGUGGACCAUAUCCUGAGCUUUCGGAUGCGCAGAGUUAUGCUUUCCAAGCACAAUUGUCUUUCAUCACUUAUCGCGUUGGAUAUCUCUCGACCUUUCUACCAUCCGUACAAGAGCUCCUCCAACUAGUCUCCACAUCCACAUCUCUCUUUUAUAACUUUGGUCACAGAUUCUCAACAUCAUCGAGUCUUCAGUCCGCUCGAAAGACUCUUGAAGCAGCCAAAGUUCUUCCUUAUCCUUGGGCGACGUGUCCAGAGAAGUUGGCGCCGCACAAGGUGAUCUAUCUCGAACUCCUUAGAAUGCUUCAGAACAAUCAGCGCCGUGUAGACAGUAAAUUGCAAGAUAACCCAGUAGAGUCGAAUGGCUUCGUCGCCUCUAACACAGUCGUAGAGCGGUUGCUUGUGUUACUCAUGCCCCUCACUUCGCCGUUCACAAUCGUAGGCAGGGGGCACAGCCUCGAAGGGCCAGAGCUGCGGCCUCCCACUGCUACUAGUGGCACUUCAUCCGCCCCCGCAGAGCAAGAGGUACCUCGAGGAGUUAUGCUCCCGCCUUCCAUGUUGCUAUCUCCGGGCGCAGGGGCACUGAAAUGCGCCGAGCGCUCCGAAACGCCCUCUUGCAACAAUUAUAGGCGCCUAUGGAACGAAGAGGAGCUCGCACCCUCUGAUGCUCCCAGACGGGUGAAGAGGCCCCGCGUUCAGCGGGCUGAGGGCCUCGAGAACGUGGUACCGGAGGCGGCCCCUGUGACAUUUUUCCCCCCACGAUCACCACUCCGGUUCGGCAUCUGUUUCUCUGCGAAAUCGUCCAUGUAUGGCGGCGGAUACAAACACAAAUGGUUCAACCACCCGGCGACCCCCCGCUCGCUUAUGAAUCCUAAAGAGUAG